AUGCCUCACGCAAACGGUGACAACGACUUCAAUGGCCAGGGCCUUGGAUCAGAGCUCUGGAGGCACCCGGACCCAGAGACGACUCAGAUGUGGAAAUUCUUACAGACAGUAAACAAAGAGAAAGGGCUGCAAUUGAAGAACUACAACGAUCUCUACGACUGGAGUAUAGAGCAAACAGCAGAAUUCUGGGACGCCGUCUGGCAAUUCACCGGCAUCAAGGCUUCAGCCCCUUACGACGAAGUAUGUGGACCACUGAGAAAACACCAUCAACAGGAGUUUCCAUUGACACAAAGCAGGNUGCUACAAAAAGAUGCUCCAAUGUUUCCUAGACCAUCCUUCUUUCGCGGAGCCAAGCUGAACUUCGCUGAAAAUCUACUCUUCCCACCUCAAGCACCUAACUCCAACAGUCCAGCCAUCAUUGCUGCCACAGAGACUGAUAGGGAGACAGUGACAUGGGCUGAACUGCGCGAGAGAGUUCGCUUGUGCCAAUCUGGCAUGCUUGCCACCGGUAUCAAGCCGGGAGACAGGGUUGCAGGCUAUGUUGCCAACCACACUAAUGCACUGGUUGCCAUGUUAGCUGCGACAUCGCUCGGAGCUAUCUGGACAGCAAUCAGUCCCGAUACCGGAGUGACUGCAGUUCUGGAUCGUCUUACUCAAAUCGAACCCGUUAUUCUAUUCGCAGAUAACGCCAGCUUGUACAAUGGCAAGACCCAUCCUACUAUUUCCAAAGUGCAAGAAAUUGGCUCUUCAUUGCCCAGUCUGCGGGCGCUUGUCAUCUUCNCCACGGUUUCAUCAGUAUCAGUACAGAUCGAUGUAACCUCCUUAGCAGGAAUCGUGGUUUCGUACGACAGUUUUGUCAGGAAGGACACUGCACCACAAGAGAUCAUCUUCACUCAGCUGCCGCCCGAUCACCCGAUAUACAUUCUCUACAGCUCUGGCACAACAGGGGCACCAAAAUGUAUUGUCCAUGGAGCAAUCGGAACUUUGAUCCAGCACAAANAGGAACAUAUCCUCCACUGUGACAUCCUACCAGGGGACAGGCUGUUCUACUUCACAACAUGUACAUGGAUGAUGUGGCAUUGGCUAGUCUCAGGUCUUGCGAGUGGUGCAACAUUGGUACUGUAUGAUGGAUCUCCUUUCAGACAUGCCUCGGAUGGCAAGUCUGUUGCGGAUGACCUGGCCAUGGCGAAAUUGAUCGACGAGCUGAACAUCACUCACUUCGGCACCUCAGCAAAGUAUCUUUCAGUGUUGGAGCAGAAGUCCGUUAUGCCGAAAGAGCAGGGUGUGUCGUUGAAGACACUCAAAGCGAUCUACAGCACUGGCUCCCCUCUUGCACCUUCGACCUUCCAAUACGUCUAUCAAGCAUUUGGCUCCGUAAAUUUAGGAAGUAUUACAGGCGGCACAGGCGAGAUCCAAGUCCUCGGUCUGGGCAUGGCCGUCCGCGCCUGGGACUACCUCGGCGCAGAUGUAACACCCACAGGCUCCGCCGGCGACCUGGUCUGCACAAAGCCUUUCCCCUGCCAACCCGUCCAAUUUUGGGGUCCCACCGGCGAGUCCAAAUACCAAAGCUCCUACUUUGAAACUUUCCCUGGCGUAUGGCAUCAUGGCGAUUUCAUCCGCUUCAACCCAAAGACUGGAGGACUUUAUAUGCUUGGGCGCAGUGAUGGUAUUCUCAAGCCCUCGGGUGUGAGAUUUGGAAGUGCGGAGAUUUAUAAUAUUCUGCUUAAGCAUUUCCCUGAGAAGGUCGAGGAUGCAUUGUGCAUUGGUCGCCGCCGCGAAACUGAUGAUGACGAGACAGUUGUCUUGUUCCUCAAGAUGAAGGAGGGAGAAGCUUUUGAUACUGAGUUGGUCAAGAGCAUUCAGAAAGUCAUCAGGAUGGAACUCAGUGCUCGUCACGUCCCUGGUAUCGUGGAUGAGACACCUGAGAUUCCGGUUACGACGAACGGCAAGAAGAUCGAGGCUGCCGUCAAGCAGAUCUUGUGU